AUGUUCACGAGAAGACAAGCGAAGCUGGAGUCAGAUGUGGCUGUUUACGAGCGAUUGUACGACAAGGCACGAGUCAUGCUCGCUAGCUCAACCAAAAACUUGGGUGCAGUGCAUGGCUCGCUUGGUGGCGAUGUCGCCAUGACGGUCGCAAAGGAGGAAAGCGUCCGUUGUAUCUGUGGGGAAGGCAAUGAUGGGCCGCAUCUGUAUUUGGGUCCCGCACUGGACUGUGCGCUGAUUGCUUUGAUACUGACUGAAUCGCGCGGCACGGGAGCGAUACGUGCAGAGAUACGUCAAAUUUUAGGGGACCUCGUUAACCGCGAGGGUGUCGAGGGGUCUUGA